AAUAAACAUUAUCUUCAUUUUCUUAUAUUUAAUGAAUGCAUCUUUUCUCAUUCCACAUCCCUGGCUAUUAAUUAAUCCUCCUUCAUCGAUCUGCUUCUUUCUCAGUUUCAGAGCUCUUCAUACCUUACCUUACCUUUCUCUCUUUCAUUUUUAAAGAACCCUAAAUUAUUAUUCAGCUCUUGUAGUUUUCAAAUGCACUUUCUGUUCCAAUGAACAAGUGAAUAAGAAACCAAAGAGAGAAAGAGUAACAGGGAGAGAGAAGGCUUGAAAAUGCGCGUGAAGGAAAUGCACCCUUUGUGCUGCAUCUCGCUGGAAAGUCCAGGGAUCGGGAGCGACUCUCCUGAACCCGAGGCUGCCGCGUUGUCCAGGACGAGGAGUCUCCCGGCAGGUGGAUCUGACGGCAUUGCACGGCGGGGAUCCGAGGCCACAGUAGCCGGAGUUCUCUACAAGUGGACCAAUUACGGUAAGGGAUGGAGAUCCCGCUGGUUCCUCCUCCGCAAUGGCGUCCUCUCCUAUGCCAAGAUCUGCUGGCCGGAAAAUCUCAACCUCCUCUCUCCAGUGGACGAGGUGCGCCUCAUCGGAGAAGUCACCGCUAACCGUCUUGCCAGAGAUGCCGCUACCUUACGGCGCAAGAGUCACAAACCUCCUUCGUCCUCUUCCUCUGCCGUAGUGCAUCUCAAGAUCUCGUCAUUCAGAGAGAGCAAGUCGGACGAUAGACGGUUCUAUAUAUUCACAGCAACAAAAACUCUCCAUCUAAGAACUGAUUCAAGGAAGGACCGUGUGGCGUGGAUUCAAGCUUUGGUUUCAACCCGAGAAUUAUAUCCACUUCGACCACUCAGCGACCAUCUCUCCCUCGCACCGAAUCAUAUAUCUGUAUCAACCGAAAGGCUUAAGAAACGCUUACUUGAAGAGGGUAGCAGUGAGAGCCUUGUCAAAGAGUGCGAGCAAAUUAUGUUUGCCGAGUUCUCUGAACUACAAGAGCAACUUCAUAUACUAUGUCAAGAACGAAGGAAUUUGCUUGAUACAAUAAGGCAGCUGGAGGCUGCUAAUAUUGAACCUGAGGCCUCUGCCUUGCAUGACAGUGAAUACCAAUUAACGAAGAAUGGAUUUUCAAGUUUAGGACAUGGAAAAUAUAGCGAAUGCAGUACCACUGAAUCAUCGGAUGAUAUUGAGAAACAGGAGAUGGAGGAAGUGUCAGAUGAAGAUGAAAUCUCAUAUUAUGACACUAAAGAGUAUUUUACAGAACUUAGUUUUAGGUGUGGGUCCACAGGAGCUUUGGAUCCAAUGAGCAGGUCUGGGUCCAUUGAUUUGGAGAACAGUCAUGUUCGGGAGACGGUCAAUGAUUUUGGGUACCCUCAGAUAGCAAGGCGAAAGAAGCUUCCAGAUCCUGUUGAGAAGGAAAAGGGCGUUAGUCUUUGGUCAAUUAUCAAAGACAACGUGGGCAAAGAUCUCACACGAGUGUGUCUUCCUGUAUACUUUAAUGAGCCAAUUUCAUCUCUUCAGAAAUGUUUUGAGGACUUGGAGUACUCCUUUCUUCUGGAUAGAGCUUAUGAGUACGGAAAAGCGGGAAACGGUCUCCUUCGGGCUUUGCAUGUUGCUGCCUUUGCUGUUUCUGGAUAUGCAUCAUCCGAAGGUCGUCAUUGUAAACCCUUUAAUCCAUUGUUAGGGGAAACUUAUGAAGCUGAUUAUCCUGACAAAGGAGUUCGUUUCUUUUCGGAAAAGGUGAGUCACCAUCCAACUGUAGUUGCCUGCCACUGUCAAGGUAGAGGAUGGAAGUUUUGGGCAGACAGUAACAUUCGGUCAAAAUUUUGGGGAAGGUCAAUUCAGCUUGACCCAGUGGGUGUUCUGACCCUGGAGUUUGAUGACGGUGAAAUAUUUCAGUGGAGCAAGGUCACGACAACAAUUUAUAAUCUCAUCCUUGGGAAAAUAUAUUGCGAUCAUCAUGGAAACAUGGACAUCCGUGGCAAUCGCCAAUAUUCGUGCAGACUUAAGUUCAAAGAACAGGCGAUUCUUGAUCGAAAUCCUCACCAGGUGCAUGGCUUUGUUGAAGAUGUAACGGGAAAAAAGGUUGCUACAUUGUUUGGCAAGUGGGAUGACAGCAUGUAUUAUGUUAACGGUGAAGCGAAUGUGAAGCCAAAAGAUUCCACUUUGUCAGAGGCAAACUUGUUGUGGAAAAGGACUAAGCCACCUUCUAAUCUCACCCGGUACAAUCUGACAUCAUUUGCAAUCACACUGAAUGAGCUUACUCCUGGGCUAAAGGAGAAGCUUCCACCCACGGAUUCCAGGCUGAGACCAGAUCAGCGGCAUCUAGAGGAUGGGGAAUACGAGAAGGCUAAUAUUGAAAAACAAAGGUUGGAAAAGAGGCAAAGAAUGUCAAGGAAAAUGCAAGAAAAUGGAUGGCAACCUAGGUGGUUCCGCAGAGAAGGUGAAAACGGUACGUUUCGAUAUAUUGGCGGGUAUUGGGAAGCGAGAGCUCUAGGAAGAUGGAACGAAUGCCCAAAUAUCUUUGGUGAUGUUUAUGAAGGAAAUUUUGAUCCUUUAGGUGCAUCUUGAUUUUAGUUCAGAUAACGAUGAUAAUAAUGAAUGCAAAAUUGUGUGUGGAGGGUUUCCUUGAACCUUCUUGCAUGGCAGCAAAUUAUUUUACUGAAUGGAAGGGAUGGUAGCCUUUGGGAACCUUCGGAAACGAGGCUCUUUGCAGUUCUGGUAGGGGAUUGCCCUUGUGUCACACACACCACUUCAAUAACAAAAACAAGGAUAGGGAUAACAUAUUAACAUCAACCGAUUCCAUCUGAGAGUUACUCUCCGAACUUAAAUGAUUUUAAUCGCCUGCGGCUGGUGAAAUUUGUAAUUAGCCUAAUGGACCUAGCAUUACACGUACACAGCUUUUCAGCAGAAAGCACUGUACUGAGAAUAUCAAACAGAGGCUGUUACUUCAACUAGAUGAGAAUAUAUCUGAGCAAAGUUUUCAGCUUAGUAACACUUGCUUGAUUAGUUUGUCUAGAUUGUCAGUUUCUAUUUCUUAAAUUUUGCUAGUUAUGUAAUUAUUUGGGGUGUUAUUAGCUUAUGUAAGAUCCUCUAUGUUGAUCCUGUUAUAGUUACUGAUUUAGCCGAAAGAUAAUCAAUUUAUUUCGUAUUUGUUUUGAUUUUCUAA